CGAAUUAAGUGCCAUCUCCCUAGCCUAUAUAAAAGGCAUAAGCAUGAGUGACACUAAUAAUCAAAAUAAAAGAGAAUAAUUUUAAGAUGACGUCUUCAAUGGUCUCUUCCAUGGCUCUCUUUCUCCUUCUUCUUCUUGUGUUUCCGCAUAUGGAUAAAGCCCUUGGCGCACAAGAGGGAGUCCAGAAACAAAGUGGAGAAGACACUUACCAACCUAAUCGCCGCGGGUUUCCUCCGAUUCGUGUUCCUGGGAUUCCUGGCCGUACUCCAAAAUUUCCGCCAAUUCCGAAAUGUCUUCCAAAACACGCCCACGUCCCCUUUUGUAAAGGUAAAAUCGAGUUUCCUCCUCCUCCGCCCAAGAGGCCUUAAUUUCAAAGGCACACAAGGAGGACCUGGUCAUUGACCUCACUCUAGAAUGCGUGUGUGUGCACAUGUUUCUUACAUUGUGGUUUGGUUUGUGGUUUAUAUAUGUUCUUGUUUAUCUAUCUAUGCAUGUGUUUGUCAUAUUUUUAUUGAACCGCCGCUGUAAUAAAUAAAAACUUGUAUUUCCUUUUGUGUUCAA